AUGACUACUGAGUUCCUUCCCGCUUCCGCCAGCAAUGCUUACGACUACAUCAUCGUGGGCGGCGGCACGGCUGGUUGUGUUCUGGCCUCUCGUCUCUCUGCCUAUCUCCCCGAGCGCAAGGUCCUCGUGAUCGAGGGUGGCCCUUCUGACUUCGGCCUCAACAAUGUUCUUAACCUUCGAGAGUGGUUGUCGCUUCUCGGCGGUGACCUCGACUACGACUAUCCCACAACCGAGCAGCCCAAUGGCAACAGUCACAUCCGACACUCGCGAGCCAAGGUCCUCGGUGGUUGCUCUUCUCACAACACCCUCAUCUCCUUCCGACCUUUCCGUCAUGAUAUGGACCGAUGGGUCGCCAAGGGUUGCAAGGGCUGGGACUUCGAAACCGUCAUGCGAAGCGUCGACAACCUGCGUAACCAGCUGAACCCCGUCCACCCUCGUCACCGAAACCAGUUGACCAAGGAUUGGGUCAAGGCUUGUUCCGAGGCUAUGGGCAUUCCUAUCAUCCACGACUUCAACCACGAGAUCUCUGAGAAGGGCCAGUUGACCCAGGGUGCUGGCUUCUUUUCCGUCUCCUACAACCCCGAUACCGGUCACCGUAGCAGUGCUUCUGUUGCUUAUAUCCAUCCUAUUCUUCGAGGUGAUGAGCGACGUCCCAACCUGACAGUCCUCACCGAGGCUCAUGUCUCAAAGCUCAUUGUCGAGAACGAUGUUGCUACGGGUAUUAAUGUUACCCUCAAGUCCGGCGAGAAGCACACUCUGCACGCUCGCAAGGAAACCAUCCUGUGCGCUGGUGCUGUUGAUACUCCCAGACUUCUCCUUCACUCUGGUAUUGGACCCAAGGCCCAGCUCGAGUCCCUCAACAUUCCUGUUGUCAAGGAUAUCCCUGGUGUCGGCGAGAACCUUUUGGAUCACCCCGAGACUAUCAUCAUGUGGGAGCUGAACAAGCCUGUUCCUGCUAACCAGACCACCAUGGACUCCGAUGCUGGCAUCUUCCUUCGACGCGAGCCCAAGAACGCCGCUGGCAACGACGGCGAUGCAGCCGAUGUUAUGAUGCACUGCUACCAGAUUCCCUUCCACCUCAACACCGAGCGUCUUGGAUACCCCACCAUCAAGGACGGCUAUGCUUUCUGCAUGACACCCAACAUCCCUCGCCCUCGCUCUCGUGGCCGCAUCUACUUGACCUCGGCCGAUCCCACUGUCAAGCCCGCCCUUGACUUCCGCUACUUCACUGAUCCCGAGGGCUACGACGCGGCCACUCUUGUUCAUGGUAUCAAGGCUGCUCGCAAGAUUGCCCAGCAGAGCCCCUUCAAGGAGUGGCUCAAGCAGGAGGUUGCCCCUGGUCCCAAGGUUGAGACAGAUGAGGAGAUUAGCGAGUACGCUCGCCGCGUAGCCCACACCGUCUACCACCCUGCUGGCACUACCAAGAUGGGCGAUACCGAACGAGAUGAGAUGGCCGUCGUUAACCCCGAACUCAAGGUUCGCGGCAUCAACAAGCUCCGUAUCGUCGAUGCUGGUAUCUUCCCUGAGAUGCCUACCAUCAACCCCAUGGUGACUGUCCUUGCUUGCGGUGAGCGGGCCGCUGAGCUUAUUGCUGCAGAGGAGGGCUACAAGCCUAAGCACUCUCGACUGUAA